AUGGACCGGGGAGUGGUGAUCUUGGACAUCGCCUACUGCAUUCCUGAGGACAGCGGCAGCUACGUCUGCGUGGCCACGAAUAAAUCUGGACGCUGUGAAAGUGGCUCUGUCGGUAUCUCGUAAGUCUCAACUUGAAAUGGAUUUCGUUAUUCCUGCUAGGGGAGGGGUGAAAAAGGAUUGUGGAUUGCGUUAACAUUCUAGAAACUGUGUGGUUAUUUUUAUAUUAUUAUGCGCAUACAUAGUUACCUAGACGCUAACACGGCUUUAUGUCUUUUCUUUAGGUGCGAGGCCGAUGCCCGGAUCGUCACUAAGUCGAAUCUGACAGAAAAUUCGAUCAGUCACUUGAAGAAACUCGAGGAGCCAGGAGAUGAGUUUUCGCAGUACGUGCUCCCAGUAUGACGUCGUAUUUUACUUAAACUUUUGACCAUGAACACGAGGACAGCCACCAGCCGACACAGUAACAAGUUCGCGUAUUUGUGUAAAGUACUAAUCAUCGGUCUACGUGUGUCAUCUGUGAAUGAACAAGAGCUUUUAUGACCAGAAAGUACCAACGAAGAACCUUCUCAGGAUACGAAUUGUGACAGGAAGAGGUCAAAUACGUGAGAUCUGUGGGAAAUUAAGCAAUACCUCGUCGAAUGGAACGCUGAAGAGGACAGCGGCUUGUCGCGCUGACGCUCAAAAGUGACUUGACAGCACUUCCGACGCCCUCGGCGAAGAAAGGCAUCGCAUUCAGACAUUUUAAAUACCAAGUUCUGCGGGUCCACUUUUACUGAACACUCCACGCAGGAGGGAAGAGGAAGUGUCGUCUAGGUGGCAAAUUGAAAGAAAGCAGGAAUAUCUGAGUAGUACUGUGGCAAUGUGAUAUUACGUACCGAAUAACAGGUCAAACAACACAUGGUGAAUGAAUAACAGACAACUACGGGUUUAAGUCAUGCAUCCACCUGGGUCUGUUUAUUACCUUUAUGACACAAAAACGUGUCGAUUCUCCUACCUGAACUGUUUUUUGGAAAAAAACACUCACGAUCAGAACUCAGAAGUUUUUAUUAUCGAGGCCUUUUUGUUUUCUUGAAUAUAUUUAGAUCAAGCUUGGUCUGUAAUGGCUAGGGAGAAUUAAAAAAGUGGGUACCCGGUUGUCCAGAGGCCAUGGUUGUCCGUAUGCGUCACCCAUAGAAAAUAAAGGACAAAACCCAGUCUUUGCUGCGUUGGACUUUCUGGCGUGAGAAACUGACUAACUCUGAAAGUUUGAAGGCUUUCACACGAAAGACCAGCAUGCUCCUUAGUGAAACCACGCAGGAGGAUAUUCCUUGUGACCGACGUCCCUUAUCCGUAUCACUAAAUAUCGCACGAUGCGAUGGACCCUAAACUAGCCUUCUGAAACUCGUCCAUAAUGUUGCAUGAGUUUUGCCCCUUUAGGGGACUAAAGAUGUAACGUCUAGAGCUCAUAGCCGCGACAUGUCUCACUUUGCAUGGACACUGCGUUCAACUGUCCGAAAAACUAGUUUUAGGAGUUGUCCUCGAGACGACCCGCGGUGAGGCGUGAGUUUUACAGCUCUUCGUCAAGUACAUUAGGUGCCAGCAGCCUCGGUUCUGAUCUGGAUGAUCUUCCACCAGCGCCCAUGGUGUCACAACUCCCUACUCGGGCCCGCAGGUAGGAUAUGACGUUUCUGUGAGGGGGUGGGAAGGAGGGCUAGAAGAGGUGUUUGCUGCGUUCGCGUUUGCAGGAUCCGGUUGUUGGUACGAGGACCAGGGGGUGUGAUGGCACGCCCGGGUGAGGGCACAUGCCGCACCACCCAUCCUGCUUCCAGUUUUCUUGGCUUUGUCCUGACAUCGGGCCCACAAGGGUGAGGAGGAGGCGGAGGAGAGAGUGCGGUGGACACAGGGCGGGUCCACAACCAGUAUAAACUCAUUCACGCACAAGACACCGUCUCUGCGUCAGCCCUACCGUGGGGCGCACGAUGGACAUUGCCAGAACCGACAGUCAAACUGUCAAGUCUUGAUGAAACGACCUGUUGUAGCGGCCGAAGACGUUGAGACUAGCAUACGCAGGGCAAUAAAAAGCACUUGGAGCAGCUACUGACUUAAAAUGAGCUGAAUAGGGCUGUCAGACUCGCCACCACAUUCACCAGUCCAAACAGGUUAGAAGGAAAUUUACUUAACAUAAAGCAUGUAUUAGCAGCAGCAGCAGCAGCAGCAGCAGCAGCAGCAGCAGCAGCAGAGGGGGAUGGGGUGCAGUAUGGGGAAAACAGCCAAUAAUACAGGAAACGGGGAUUUAUCUUGAGGAAAAGAUUCAUUUAAAUUGGGGGCGCCACCUUCCUGCCAACUUAAAACCCGACGGGUAGUGCAACGUUGUGGGCAAAUGCAGAGCAUGAUUGUGAAGGAUGCCGACGUCGGAAGAGAGAGAGAACGAAAAGAGUUGUGGCGAGUGUUGCGGAAGGGGUGUUGGAGGUUGUGAGGGAAAGUCAUCGGCCAUCUUUACCGACUUGUGGUUACACCAUCUCCAUGCGCCAAAAGUAGAUUUAGUCUUCUCAAACAACUACGUCAAAUUCGUGGUGCGUUACACCUUAUGUGCUGGCCUAGAUCUGAAGCGAACCACUCGCAUAUCCAGAUACGCAUGCACACCCAAAAUAUAUGGAUGUACGCUGGCGAGGAAACAGCGAUCCAGCAGAGUUGUGGUCUCAUCCACCCGGAUGGAAUGUUGCGUUUUUCACCGACAGAUUACGGAUAUCAGCUGACCAAGCGGUGCCAGUUCCCUCCGCUCCGAGCCUUCUAUGCCGGGAAGCCGCCACUUCACUUUAUGCAUCGAUUCACCGGCAAACGUCCUCGUCGGCGUCGUUUUAUUUCCCCUAGCCUUUGUUUUUUGCACCCUCUUUUAAUGUCGCUGGUUUUGUUCGUCCAUGCUGACUGCGGAUUUGUGGUUCCUUCAUUCAUACUGACCUUGCUCUGACAUCCGGGCAAGCUUCUUGAGGGUGGAAAGAGUCUCGACAAUGUAGAGAAAUUCCGCCUCACUGUAAACCAACUAACGCGCAAGUCAACGUUGUAUGGGCAACCGUGGGGCGGAGGUUGGACGUCGACGCUUGCGACUGUCGAAUUAUCAUCGAUCAUGCGAAUAUUCCACUCCGCUAACAGAUGUGAUUUAUGCAGUCACCCAUCUAAGAGUCAGGACGAAGGUUAUUUUCUUUCGUUACAGCAUUGACGAAAGAGCAGCAGAUCCUAUCCCACCGUCAUUCAAGGGUCCCAUAAUUCCGCCAAGCGUCACAACUCCGGAGACACUGGACGCCUACUUUGAAGUUCCCGUAGAUACUGGGAAUGGCAGCAAAGUCGAUGUUGAAUGGAGAAAAGAUGGAGAAGUUGUUCAUACAGGUAUGUGAUAAAGUGAUAUAUGUGCAGUAUGAGCGUUCAAGUAGGGGACACUUCCGCGUCCAAAAGAAAUAUUUUCGUUCUGCUUAUAACAGUAGCUAGAAUCAGUCACCAGGGGUAAACUCGGAUAAAAUCAGCCCCCCGCUGUCGGAAGAUAACCCUCAGUCGCAUUUUCCCACAUUCUCUCAGCCCCUCAGUAACCCGGUGGUAGAUAUGAAUGUUUGUUAACAGAACCCUUGUUCAAAUGUUGCCGCUGGUGACUUUUCACUAGUUUUCUCCAGUGCACAUCUUCGCUUUUGACUCAGUCCUCAGCUUGUCGGAUGACCAGAUCUCCCACGAACUGCAAGAGGUGUGUCAUUCAAAGCCCAAAUUCGUCAUCAGACACAUUCCUGCCACUUAAACGCUGGAAAAGGAAGUAAAUAUCGCGAUCAAAUGUUACCCCAAAGCAGAGAGGGGCUUUGAUUUCAAGUUGGCCGUCUGUUUUUGUUUACCCCUGACGGCUGACUCCAAAAACCGCCAUAAAUAUUGCCAAAAUGAAAUGUUAUACAUGGAAAAUUGCCUCAAUAUCCGCAUACCCAGUUCAGUUACGUAUGUCGAUUAAUGUACUCUACAGUUCUAAGACUCCCGUUAUCAAGUGGAGAUGUAAACCAGAAGCGUUAGUAUCCGGAAACGUACGGCCCUUUUCCCAAAAUUCUCCGAGUUACCUAUACUUAUAAAGUAAGACGUACUUUUCAUUGUUGCAUCUUUACUAAGAACGGAACUGGGGACUACUUCGGAACUCUGCACAGAAACUAUACUAAACAAUUGCGGCAUUGGUGAAAUUUCUGCCUUCCAGAUGACGCACUUGCAUACUUCCUUUUAGGUUCUCGGAUCACCGUAAAACUGGAGCUGGGUGUGGCCAGCCUACGCUUCAACUACACUCAGCCCUCGGAUACAGGAAACUAUGUGUGCUACAUAACCACCGAACACGGCAGAGCGGAGAGUGAUACGGCCACAUUGUCCGUCGAAAAGACUGGCACCAUUAUUAAUGACAGCCAGUUGACUGGCGACAGGGCUCAACGUGGUACGCUUAUAAAUAUAAAUCUGUAUAUUAUAUGGGCACCACAAGAAGUAUAAUUCGAAGGAAAAAGUCAUUUCGGAAAGUUGGCUUUGUAAAUGUUCGACUCUGGUUUCCGACGCCGUCCUCAGAAGUGAGGUAGAUUUGCAAGACACUUAAAUUGCAAACAGGCCUACAUAUCGGUACUGCUUUGUCAUUCCUGUCAGUCAGCCCUUUUUAGUAGUUGGCAUCAAGUUCUAAUUUGCUAUCACUUUCUCCAUUUUUCCUUGAGUUUGUUGUACAUGGCACCUAAUUCAGUACGCUCAUUCCUGACUGAAAUGUUAAAAUGCGCGGCCUCUAAAUAUCCUCGUCCUGUCUAAGAUGAACGGAUUCAUAAUGCGAGUCUUCUUUCAAGUGAAUUUUUGUCGGUUUCCAGCGUAUUCAUGCCAAAUUGGAACAAGUAGCUUCACCUUUGUACUGUCAACUGAUGUCCGUUUAUUCGUCAAAAGGCAGAGUUUCCAGUUGGACCACAGUAAACUGUAUCGCAGGGCUUGCACGGUAUCUUGCCUGAGUAGCCGAGCUGGUGGUGCAAUGUAGACGUCGGUUUGUGCUACAGAUGUAUUUGGUGCUCCCUCAAUUGCCUUUCAGCGAGAUCGGACAUAUUCUUAAUGUACGAAAGCGUCCAUCAAUUUUGAGUUUGCGCGCCUGGCCGAAGAAAUCUGGUUCUCUUUCUUUUUCUUUUAACUCCUGUUGUUUCAUGCGUCGAUGUGCAAAAUCUCUAGGAUAGCCAUUCUGGGUAAACGGAUUGAAAAAAUAAUUCAGCUCUGUUUGCUAACUUUUGUCGCCAUAGCAGUGUGUUUUUGCUAGAUUAGGGAAGCUUUCCACGACACUCCGUUUGUGAGAGAAGGAUGACCGCUAUCGUAAUAAGGGGAAACUUCUGCAUAAGUUUCAUUGCCCUAAACAAGGACGUCAAGAAAUGGGAGUUUGCUGCCAACUUGUUAUCGGGCAUGAAUUCGAUUCCUGGAAGCGUUGAGCCAAUAAAGUUAUGGAUCAUUUCAAGUUGGCCUUCUUUUAAGAACAACAGAGGUAAAGUCAGCAUAAACAUACCCGUAAUUAGGGUUUAACUACUGUUAGGGCAGUAGCCUCAAAGUAUUGUAUCGCGACUUACGCAAGAAAGCCAGAGAUGGGUGGUCCAAAAGGGGUUCGCUUCAGUUCUUAAUAGUAUUCCUGUGCAGAUGAAAAGUUCCUUUCCGGAAAUAGGUUUAAGAGUUCUAACAAAGCAGAUGCAGGGAAAUGCGAGUCGCAAAGCCGGGGACGCUCUUCUGUGCAUUGCCUUGCCAAAUCCAAUGUGAUAGGUACAAAAAGGGAGACUAACUCAAAGAAACCAUUAUCCAUCUGCUGACAUUUUGAGUCUUUGUACUUUGCCCACAAUCUCCAUUGAAUUCUCAUUUGUUUCUUCACAAUCCUUUGUCGGUGGAUGGAGUUCGUGGGGUAGCCAGUUAGAAAUCUCUUAAUUGGGUGUACCAAGUGACGAUGCCAUCGGUCGCAGGGGUACUUUGAGUUUGUGAGCCUUAGGCAGUCCAUAGAUUUUAGUGAUGCCCAACUCAGUCUGUCGUAGGUGUUUGAAAAUAUAUCCGGGUAUCUGCUUCUUCCACGUACGUCGUCUUAGCUCUCUUUCAAUGGUUUAAUUCUGCGCUUUGAAAGGGUCUGCGGUAAGAGGUUCAUAGUAACAGUAACAGUAUUUUUUCAUUGUAGUCUGCAUUGUUCAGCAUUGCAGUGAAGCCUCCUUUGUCCGCAGGAAGUAUGACGAUGUUUUGUCUAGAACUGUGCAAUGAUUUACCGUACUAACAACACGGGUAUUAGCUAAAAGCCCAGACACGCGUGUUUCGCCGAUCUUAUGCCGCUGUCUGACGCAGCUGCGAGGGGUUCGGCUCGUCAGUGGGUCCCCCAGCCUUCCCCGUGUGUUUUCUGGUAUAUGAACUCCAGGUUUAACUUGCCUUGUUUAAUUUCCGAGGAAACUAAUGCGCGAACUUGGAGUAAAUCUUUCGAAACGGCCCUUUUCAGGCACGCUCCAAAUUUUGAUAUGAAUAUUUGAGCUGAAAUCCAUCAGCUACUGCGGACGUCUACUUUUGACUUUGUCAAAUGCCUUUCUUUCUUCAUGGGAUGGUACUGAAAUAGGACUUUGUUCCUUCAAGACAUAUACAGUAGUACUCCGUACUGUGAGACAUUCAUCGUUCUUAAGACUUUUGCUGAUACAAAGGUUUUAAAAAAACCUUAGUAUUUUGCAGCGGAAUGAUUAUAGUUCAUUCCCUUUUAAGGCACAUUCACUCUGACUAUCGUAAGGCCUCUUGCUAACAGAUUUACUACCCUUGGCAUGCAGUUUUGAUUUGUCUAUUUCCGUUUACAAUUGAUCAUCUGUUUUCUGUCUAAAACACUUCUCUUUUUCUAUUGUUUGAUGUCGAAAACACAAGUACUCGUUUCAUUAAGACAUUCAUCUAAGUGCCAAGAGAGAUUAUUUCGACAGAAGUUAACAUGUUUCCUGGAAACGUGGAAUUCCUGAGGUCUGCAACGAGUAUCGAUAAACGUGAUCUAGGGUAAUUCUUGUGGCAGAUCUUACUUAGACAGAUUUUGUUAAAAUCAUCUUCUUUAGACGUCAGAUAACGGUCCUCGCGACCGACUUUCGUCCUAAGUUCACAGUAGGCAUGAAACUAUAACAAAAGGACUUCGAUUCAGACGUUACUGAAUUACUGUUUCACAAAAGUGACGGUUUUACGACCAUUCGGUCUGAUGCUGGCAAACCACGGUUAUGCUCAUCGUCGCCUCUGCCGAACAUAGGAUAGGAGGGAAGGCGACUUUAAAACACAUAAUUUAAGACUGCUUUCUCUCCCCACAGUCCGAAAGUUUAUUUUUAUAUAGAAAAUAGAAAUAAAACAGUACGUCAGAGUGACCUAUGCGUCAUUUUAAAAUGCAGGACUGCAAGCUCUGCAGGAGUUGGAGGAACUCCUGAAUGCCCCAAGACGGGGACCUGACGUCGAGGACGGGCCGGCAGCGGCACCCAGCAUCCUCCGCCAACCAAAGCCCGUCGGCGAGAUCAUGGAGGGAGAAAGUGUGAGCUUCCAACUGCAAUUCGAGCCCGCUACCGACCCCAAUGUCACCGUGGAGUGGUGAGCUCUCCAACUCAAUCCACAUACUUCGCAUUGGUUAACCUAAAUGCAGAUACGAAACUCGUACUGGUUUUAUAUAAUCAGUUGUUUCCUUCGCACUUUUUUGCUCAAUUAAAGGUACAAGGAUGGCGAGUCGCUUUGCAAUGGCACGCGAUUCCGUGUGGAGCACGAACGAGGAAUCGCCACCCUUGGUCUAUUGCACACCAUUCCUGAGGACAGUGGGUCCUACUGGUGCCAAAUCAGCAAUGCCUCGGGCAGUAUCGAGAGCGAUCACCUGCAGUUGAGCUGUACUCCGAGCGCAGCGAUCAUAACUCAAAGCAACCUCCUCGAGGGUUCUGAAGGCUUCAAACUCAUCCAGGCGAUUGAGGCUGCUGCAAGAGAGAAGUGCGUUUCUUGUCUGCUGACUGUCGCUUAUUUCACCUACCAAGGGAGAAUUGUGAGUGAUUUAUGUUUGUCAGCGAAUGGAUGAAAUGACUAUCUUCACUCGGGUGCGGGUCACAGGCUCACCCAGCGCCCCUGCGCGGUGACGUUGCUGUAAUGCGGACAGUGACUAUGUAGGAGAACGUUCUACUCAAUAAUUAUUAGUAGGCGUAUAAAUGUGCUAAGGAAAGGGGUCGGGGUAGCACUUCACGACUUGCGCACACACUGACAUCGGACCCUACCCAACUUCUUAUAUCAGUUCGUUCAUUGCCACAUUUCUGCUUCAGUUCGGACACAAGCAUGCGAUAUUCUGAGGACGUGCCUGAAGACGCCCCACCCGCCAUUGAUGUGCCUCCACAGACGGCGGAAGUCAUCGUUGGAGCACCGGCACGCUUCUUGGUGAAGAUGAGCGGCCAUCCUGUUCCCGAGAUUGCCUGGCUUCUUGAUGGUGAACCUGUUCAACAGGUAUGCGUCCUACUAAGGGAUUUUUGAUGGAUUUUCGGACACAGCGUAGGCUAAUCGAAAACAUCUAAUAGGUGCUGUUUUUGAAUUUUUUUCUGCCUCAACGAAAUAAACCUGUUACCUUUGCUAGAUCCCCACUCUAUAAAACUCCCCGGCCUUAAUUAAUUAAUUCAUUAAUAAGAUUUGAUUAUUUAACGCUUUAUGUAACUUUAUUAAAUAGCUGUAUGUCGCACAUGGCCGUCAAAAGGUUGAUGAGGGACAUGUUCAGCCAAAUUAUAUAAGCAAUUUUGGAAGUAUAUACAAUCUGACGGAUAAUCUUAUAUUGGCGUGCAACCAAUAGUCGACGGAGGCUUAGCGAAAUUGAAAAAGAUAAUAUUGUUGUCUGGAGUAUAGAGUACCAUACUCAGGCUGAGCUCAGGAGACGCAGACACUGGCCAGCGGCCAACCACUCCCAUCAUCGCUAACCUGAGCCCGAUUUUCUGUAUCUGUUACAAAGUGGAAAGUUUGAAUAAUAGGUAUAUGUGCAUUCCAGUAGUGGACUACCUAAAAUGUAUUGCAGUACUCCUCUCUGACUUUCAUCCUUCGACGUCGUACUUUAACAAAGUUAACUGGUUUCAAAAUGGUUGAAAUUAACUUGAUGCAGAAAGACGAUUCAAAGUUGACCGAGUAUGUUCCUUUCAGAAAGACCAACGUCCAAAAUGAUACCAUCUUUACCCCUUUUGUAGUUUUAUUUCAACUGACCCUGUCUGAUUCCAUAAAUUUAAUUGUACAACGGUUUCCCACUUAUGCUCCGUAGGAUUCCUUGACUAAGGUAUACAGUGACGGUGGCAUCAGCAUCUUGGAGUUCAACAAAUGUUCAUUCGACCUCGGCUCACAUACCAUUCACGUAAAGGCUCAUAAUGGACUGGGCAGCACAGAGGCGCAGACAGAACUGAUUGUCCAUCCGCCCGACUACAAGGUGCCUGAUCUAAAACACGUCGCCCCAGGUACGUCGGUCCUGCAGUUCCCCGUUAAUCCCUAUCGCUUUAGAAAAUCCCUUCAGAAAGCUGAUGGCUCUGAAGAAGGUGGAAUGCACGCCUGAACUGAACAAGGCAUUCUCGAAAUCGAAGCCGACGCCCGAAACAAUCAUUCAGAUGGAGAGAGGUGAGUAGUACUUAAGAGAAAUGCUAACUUGUAUUAUUUAACCCAUAGGCACGGAAAUGAAGGUGAAGAACUUCCGGUCGCCCGAGGUGGUUGCAGCCGAGGAGAUGCUUGAUAAGGUCACACAGGGGCUUCGCAAAUCUGAUAUCAAUAAGGUACGCCCAUUGGACAACUGUGUUCUGCCUAACAUUAAAUAGCCCACUUAAAUAUCUGAGUAGACAUAUUUUUACAAGACUAACCCAGAUGCGCCGCUCUUACAGGGAAGGCAUGGAGAUAACUAG